CGAAUAACCGGCAAUUUCAGGGUAACAGUGUAGUGUUUGGUACGUUUAGGUUAGACUAGCUAUUUUCAUAUUUAAAAAUAUUUGCUGUAAAUCCAAAUGUCAUGUGAUUAAUACAAGAUUUUUCGAUGUUGAUAGCCAUUAUUAUUCGAGAACGACUUUGCUGAACAAAACUAAUUGUUGUGUGGAAUAACUGUAUAUGUUGAGAAGUGAAGAUUGUCAAAAUAUCUACCAACUGUGCUGUCAAAUGGUUUUUAUACGAUUUUGAUAAGAAAAGACAAAAACCAGUUCACGAAACGAGAAGAUCAACGAGUUAUUUCGUACAGUGAAAAUGGCUGCAAGUGAACCAGGUUUAUCAUCGUUUUCUAGAGAAGAUAACAAUUGGAGGAAAGAUUUAAUUUUUCAACUUCAAGAGAGGAAUAGGAGACAAACAUAUUGUUUUGCCGAUCUCAUUAGUUUACAUAACAGAUUGUUCGAUAGUGCCAACACAUUACGCGGAGAAAACAUUCAAUUAACAAUAGCAAAUGAAACGCUUCGUCGAACAACAUCUGGUGGAAUUCCUGCGUCGAGUGGAAAUCCUGACCUUGAGGCACGUCUUUUAAAACAAGCAGAGGAAUUAGCAACGUUACAUAAACGAAAAGGAGAACAUACACAGCAAAUAGUAGAUCUUAAUAAUAAACUGCAAGAAAUGACGAAGGAACUUCAAGCCAAGGAAGCCAGUCUUGCUGAAAGUAUGGAACUCAAUGCCAAGCUACAUUUAGAAGUAACUAGCUGCCUUACAAGAGAAAAGGAAUUGGAGGGCAUUAAUCAAAUGCUGAAAGACGAACAUCAAGCUUUGCAACUUGCUUUUACAUCAUUAGAAGAAAAGCUUAGGAAAACACAGGAAGAAAAUCGCCUAUUAAUAGAACGCUUAAUUAAGUACAAAACUCGAGAUGCAGACAAAGCAAACGAAGAAAAUGACAACUUUAUGAAAAAAAGGCAGGCGAGGAUGCAGAAGGAGCUGGCGGACGCUGCUCUUGAUACGCGACCCGUUAGUCCAGAUCGAUCGAGUUUAAAAGAAGGAAUCGCUGAUCUUCCGACCGCAGUACCGACAAAAGUGUCCGUCACGUUUAACGCACACGACGGGGAGGUUUAUGCCGUAAAAUGGUCUCCCGUCGACAGGAUCCUCGCCACCGGUGGAGCCGACAGGAAAGUGAAGCUUUGGAACGUUACAAAAGUUUCCUCAGAGAGCAGAGGUACCCUCGUUGGCAGUAACGCUGGAGUGAUGUCUGUGGAUUUCGACUCAACGGGAACCCUGAUCCUUGGAGCGUCCAAUGACUACGCCAGCCGGGUGUGGACUGUCAACGAUCUUCGUCUAAAGCACACCCUAACGGGCCACUGCGGGAAGGUGAUGGCGGCGAAGUUUCUUGGCGAACCGUCAAAAGUAGUUACCGGCAGUUACGAUCGUACCCUAAAAAUUUGGGACCUGCGUAGCAAAGCGUGCAUAGAAACUAAAUUCGCCGGUUCCAGUUGCAACGACCUCGUAACUUCUGACGGAGCAGGUUCUACGAUAAUUAGCGGUCACUAUGAUCAAAGAAUUAGGUUCUGGGACACCAGAUCCGAAUCUAGCUCGAACGACAUCUUACUCCAGGGAAAGGUGACAUCGUUAGAUCUGUCUCGUGAUGCAAAUUACCUUUUGAGCUGCGUCAGAGACGACACGCUGAAACUUAUUGACCUACGGAUGAAGAAAAUCAUUGGGUCGUUUAGUGCCGAUGGCUUCAAAGUCGGGUUCGAUUGGACCCGAGCAUCAUUCAGUCCUAACGGUAAAUACAUUGCAGUUGGUUCUUCGGACGGAUCCGUUUUCAUUUGGUCUCUUGUCACAAAUAUGAUCGAGACAGUGUUAAAAAACCAUACGGCCGUGGUGACAGCGGUUUCUUGGCACUCGUACGACAGCUACCUUGCGUCAGUGGACAGGGCAAAAACUGUGACAGUCUGGGGCGACUGUUGAUAGGAUGUUUGAUAGAACGAAUAAUCCCGAAACAGACGAUUGUUUCACGCACGAAGGUCAACACGUUCUAUCGCGACGAAGUGAACGUUUACAGGACUGAAAAAUACAGAUGCGAGUUUACGCGCCACGGCGGUAUCGCAAAGGACACACCGGUGCAGGAUAAUGAAAAUCAGUGGACGGUCGGGGCGCGCAGGAUGCAAAAGAUACACCAAUUUUGAGACCGCGCGAACCAAAACUAACCGCGACGACGAAACUCGAUCGCGGUGGAGACUGUUUGUACAUAAACAAAAAAAAAACAACUUGCACUGAUUGUUGCUCCAAGGUUGUAAGGAUUUUCAUUGUACUUUCUUUCUUUCUUUCUUUCUAGGGCGAAUGCAUACUUGCGUGCCACGACCGCAUCUCACCACGAGAAAUUGAAGAAAUUACCAUAGUUACUCUUUUGAGAUUCACUAGAUACGCUCCCUCUACUUUGUAAGAGACUGUUUUCGCGCUCCAGUCGUCUGUACUGGUAGACUCGAAUGGCAGGUUGCGAGUAAAAUAUAAGACACGUUGUUUAGUUCGGUCACUUCACAGAAUUUAAUAAAAGUAUUUUUAUCGAGGUGACCUUUUCUCGUAUUUUUAUCAAGCCGUUAUGAAUAUUGCGUGGAAUAUCUCACAGGAAAGAUACUGUUCACUGUUGAGUUUAUUGUGAAAGUGGUUUUUAAGAAAAAUAAGGAUAAGGUGAUUUCUUAUUAAUAAUUAUUAUAUGCCCCUGUUAGAUACUGAAUAGUUUACAAGACAUGUAAUGUUAAAAGCUUUGAACUUUGAGUUUUAAGGAAUGUAUCGUCGACGCACGAGAAGAGUGUAUUUGACUUUGUCCUCUGUUAUCUAUAUAGUAGAGGACUCACAGACGUAUAAGCGGUGCCAUUGUGGAGACUGUCACUCUUUUCAUGCAUUCACUUUAUAUUUCUAUUUGUGCUACAAUCGUUGAGAAAUUUGAAUUUUUAACCGAAGUAAGUAUGAAAUUACUGAGGAACAAUUUCAUACAAAUUUCUAAGUGCACACAAUGCCGAUCAAAGUUCACGUUAUUUUACGUGUAAA